AUGGCCAUUGAAGUUGUUGAUAGCCAUCAUCAUCUUUGGUCGUUAUCACCAUCGAAUCCUACGAAAUAUACAUGGCUUAAACCUGUUUCUGAAGGUGGUGCAUCAGGGCAUUUUGCUGGUAAUAUUGAACUUUUAAAACAAAAUUAUCUACUUAAUGAUUAUCUUCGUGAUACAACAAAUCCUUCAUGUCGUUUAAUUAAAUCUGUUCAUGUUCAAGCUGAAGCUGAUGAUCCAAUAGAAGAAGUCAAAUUUCUUGAACAAGUUUCUAAUGGAAAUUCUGGUGGAUUUCCACAUGGUAUUGUUGCACAUGCAAAUUUAACAUCACCAGAAUUACCAAAAUUACUUGAAACAUAUACACGUAAUUAUCCACGUGUCAAAGGUGUUCGUCAAUUACUUAAUUGGUCAACAAAAGAUUCUCGUUUAUCAAUGACUGAUCGAGGUGAUUAUUUAACUGAUAAAACGUGGCUUGAAGGUUUUCAACUACUUACAUCAUAUUCAUUAUCAUUUGAUUUUCACGUAUAUCCAACACAAAUGAUUGAUGCAUCGAAAGUAGCUCGACAAUAUCCAAAUGCAAUACUUAUUCUUGAUCAUUGUGGUUUACCUGGUGAUGAUAGAAAUGAUUUUAAUAGUUGGAAAGAAGGUAUGAAACAUAUGGCUGAACAAUCAAAUGUUAUUUGUAAAUUAAGUGGAUUAGUUAUGUUUAAUCAUGCAUGGUCAAAAGAACUUUUUGCACCAUAUAUUCUUGAAUGUCUACGUUUAUUUACACCAAAACGUUGUAUGUUUGGAUCGAAUUUUCCCGUAGAUAGAUUACAUAUAACAUAUGAAGAACUUGUUAAUGUUUAUCGUGAUAUUGCAGAAAAUGAUGCUGGCUUAUCAAAAGAUGAACUUGAAUUAAUAUUUAAACACAAUGCUAUUAAAACUUAUCGAUUAUAA